AUGGAUGAUGAUCAUGAUGAUUUCGCUCUCGCCGAUUCUUUCAUUAAUUUCGAUUAUGCCGCCACCGCCGCAUAUUCCCCCACCACCUCAGACAACAACAACAACAACAACCCUCCCGACCUACCUAUCGUCGAGUCCGGGUCUUCUGAUCUGGAUCUUACCGUUGGAAAUUCCGGUGUUCAGGAAUUGUUUCAGAGUUUCUCUUUAGUUGAGAAUGAGGUGAAUGAAAUUGAAAAUGGUGAAAAUAGAGGUGAGAUUAUUGGUAAUGAUGAUAAUGCUGUUGAAAUUAGAGGUGAGGUUAUCACUAAUAAUGAUGAUGUUAAUGACAUUGUUGAAAUUAGAGACGAGAUCGAAAUUAUAACUAAUGAUAAUGUUAAUGAAAUUGAAAGUGAAAGUACUACUGACUCUGAGAGUGAGAGUGAGAGUGAAAGUGAAGAUGAGAAUGAAUUGGAAGAAGGCGAGAUAGUAGAUUCUGAAGUGAAUGUUAAUGAUGAUUCCGAGGAGAUUACUAGCUGGGGCAGUGUUGAUUCUGACGAUGAUCAAUCUCGAGGAAGAUGCCAUAGGUUAAGCAACGAGCUUGAGGAUCUUCCUUGGAUCCCUCCUGUGAAUGUAAACUUGGGACCACAUCAUAAAAUGCUACCAGUGGGAGUUGUUACAUCGAUUGUUGGUGCUAAAGUCAUUGUGGAAGGGGUGGAGAAGCAUGCUCCUCUUAAUGAGGGUUCCAUUCUCUGGAUUACUGAAAGGCAAACCCCACUCGGUUUAAUUGAUGAGAUCUUUGGACAAGUUACAAGUCCAUAUUAUGUUGUGAGAUACAAUUCCAAAAAUUAUGUCCCGGAAGGGAUCUGUGAGGGAACUUUGGUUUCUUUUGUUGCGGAAUUUGUAAAUCAUGUGCUAGAUGACAAAGAUCUCUACGAGAAAGGAUAUGACGAGGGGUUGUCUGAUGAAACAGAAUUUUCGGAUGAUGAAAAAGAGGACGAGUACAAGAAAAGGCAGAAACAAAAUAAAAGAGCCACAAAUAAUCGAAAUCCCAAGACAAUGGUAAACAACAGGAAGAAAUUUCCACCAAAUAACGUUUCCGUCCCUACUAUGCCUGUUGCACCUGCCACACUAUUAGUUGCUCAUGGUCAUUGUCGUCCACCUAUGCCAGGCACUAGACAAGAUUUUUUUGGUGCUGCCCAUGGUCAUUCCUCAUCACUUCCAAGCACCGGCCAAGGCUUUUCUGGUACACCUAAUUUAAAUCCACCAUUUCCACCUGUAAAUGGUGGUCCGAACUUGGUUACAACCGGUGUUUUGCCAAAUGGGGUGCCACUUCCGCCUCAACAGUCUGUGAUGCCUGCUAAUGGAUUUCCUAUGAAUGGUGUAUCAUGGCAUCCAGAAAAUACUCAAUUUUCUCAUCAGUUGCCCUCACAAGGAAUUCCAUAUCAACAGCAGUUCAAUCCUAGCCACAGGUUUCCUCCACCAAAUGCAUAUCCUGGAGGACAGCCCAAUAUGUAUGCACAAGGGCCAAUGAACCAAAACCAACAGUCACCCUUUCCCCAGUUUCAGGCACCUACAAAAUUUCAUCCUAGCUCUAUUCCAUGCAAUCAAGGUGGUCCUCCAAAUCAAUUCAAUCCACCAACAAAUUUUCAUUCUAAUUCUUUUCCAGGCAAUCAAGGUGGUGCUCCAAAUCAAUUCAAUCCACCAACAAAUUUUCAUUCUAAUUCUUUUCCAGGCAAUCAAUGUGGUGCUCCAAAUCAAUUCAAUCCACCAACAAAUUUUCAUUCUAGCUCUAUUUCAAGCAAUCAAGGUGGUCCUCCAAAUCAAUUCAAUGCACCAACAAAUUUUCAUUCUAGCUCUAUUUCAAGCAAUCAAGGUGGUCCUCCAAAUCAAUUCAAUCCACCAACAAAUUUUCAUUCUAAUUAUUGUCCCGGCAAUCAGCAUCCUCCACAAUCUAACCAUCAAUUCAAUCCGGGUGCUUAUGAUGGCCGUGGAAGAACAUUUUCUGCUGGCCGUGGGAGAAGACCAUUCCAUCGAGGGGGCAGAGGUUGGCAACCAGCCAGAUAAAGGUUAUUGUGUACUAUAACACACAUUGAAACAAUUUAUCUUGUAGGAGGAACAUUAUGGAGCAAUGUAUUGUGUUCUUCAUUUUGUUGUGAUUCCUGUAAUGAAGUAAUAUUCACAGCUUUUAGUUACCCUAGGUCAUUUGUUUUCAUUAAACUUUGACUUGUAUAUAGUCUAGUACUGAAGAUUUCCUCCUUGGUGGCUUGAUUUAC